CCGCUCAGCUCCGCAGAGACAGUGCUGCGAGCGGGCAGGGGGACUCGCUGAGUGCUGCCCACAGACAAGAGAAGCCCCCAGGACGAUGCUGCACAGCCCCCCUCCCCCCGGGGACGGAGCGUUCGCGUCUGGUCGGAGGUGGGAAACAACAUUUACAAUAAUUUAAGAAUAAAAAAAAAUAAAAAGGUCUGGUCGGGAUUUUUGUUUUAAUCGGGAGGGGGGUUUUGAAGGAAAAUGACCAAAAACGCGGAAGGCUCGAGGGAGGAGCUGUGCAAAAUCGCGGACGAAGAGCUGAUGAAGUGGAGCAAGGAGGAGCUGGUGAGGAGACUUCGGAGAUCGGAUGCCGAGAAGAUGACGGUGAUGAUCGACCACAGUAACCUGAUCAAGGAGGUGAACCGGCGGCUGCAGGUCCAUCUCACCGAGAUCCGAGGGCUCAAGGAGGUCAACCAGAAGCUGCAGGAGGACAACCAGGAGCUGCGGGACCUCUGCUGCUUCCUGGACGACGACCGGCAGAAAGGCAAGAAGGUGUCCCGGGAGUGGCAGCGGCUGGGCAGGUACACGGCGGGAGUGAUGCGCAAAGAAGUUGCCCUGUACUUGCAGAAGAUGAAGGAGCUGGAGGUGAGGCAGGAUGAGGUGGUGAAGGAGAACCUGGAACUGAAGGAGAUGUGCCUGAUGCUGGACGAGGACAAGAGCGCGGGCAGCCGCAGCUCCAUAGACAGCCAGUCCAGCCUCCUCCACCUGAACGCCACAAGUGGUUUGAGGGACCUUGGCGACGGCAGCAGCACCUCCAGCACGGGGAGCACCGACAGCCCUGACCACCACAAACAGUUAGCGGCAGCGGGCAGCCCCGAGCACCUCCACAAGCACCGCGCUGCGGCCGGGGGCAGCCCCGAGCAGCAGAAGCACACCCUGGGCACCGGCAGCCCCGAGCUCCUGCCCAAGCACAUGGUCAGCUCCAGCCCCGAGCGCCCGAAGCACAUGAUGGUGGGCACUCCGACCCCGGAGCAUCUGCAGCAGCACCGAGGCGGCAGCCCCGAGCGCCUUAAACAACAUUACGGUGGCAGUCCCGAGCAUGUGAAACACUUGACCGGCAGCAAGGAAGGGACCCUGCGGAGACCAUCGGCGGCAGCAGCAGCGCCAGACGAGCUUUCGCCUCAUCACAGAAGUGUGUACAAUGGGAUGAAUGAGCCAGCAGUUACUUAUGUCAAACAGCUGGAGACCAGAGUGAAGCAACUAGAGGAAGAAAACCGAAUGUUACCCCAGGCUCCAUAUAGGCGGAUGUCAGGGGCUGAUGGGACAUUGUCAUCUCCAAGUCAUCAAAGUGGAAAAUGUGGAUAUAAUUCAUUGCCACAGAAACCUGAAGCUGUGGUUCAUGCUAUCAAGGUUGUGGAAGUGCACGAAAAAGUGGACAAAGAUGAAGACUACGAGAAUGACCUGAGUGAAACAGAGAAAGCAAUAGUUAGAGAGAUGUGUAAUGUGGGUAAAUUGUGCCACAGUAUUCAGUUGCUGUUGUGUCUGCCACCUAACUCUCAUUUAGUGGAUCCUUAGUUCUUGAAAAUGAGCACAGCAAGUAAGGCUAAGAAUUUAACAAAACACUUGUUAUACUUUUAUUAAACAACUUUUUGUAAAAGGAAAAAAAAAGUCCUGUUAGAAAAUAAGUUUCUUUUUGUUUCAUUGCAGGCACAGCAGACCUGUUAGGAAAUUUAGGGUGUUGCUCAUAAUACUCUCCAUACUAAUUCAAAAAUAUGAAUCUAAUAUUAAAUUCAAAUACACAUCUUAAUUUAGUGUUGCCAUUGUAAUAGGUUUAAUUCCUCAUUUCUAGAAACUGGUUACAGGCAAGUUUAGAUUAUGAACCUUUCAUAUGGAUUUAAAAUCCAUAGGACUGACAUUUGUCCUGAGGGAAGUGAAACUCAACUGCUUUGUCAUGGGAAUCCAAUUCAUUGUAUCUUACAGCCUAGUCAUUCCUAAGUAUCGUGUAAACUUUAGGUGCCUCAAAUAUUUACCCAAAAAAGCAAUGUUAGUGAAAAUAACAUAGCUUCAACAUUUUUAUGAAAUUGACCAGUGUGUAAAUGAAUAGUGACAUUUUUAGAUAAUUUAGCUAAAUCUUCAUCCAAAGUGAUAAUGAGUAAUCAGUGACUUAAGACAAUGCAUCAGCACUAUUUUACAAAAUCUAUAAGGUUUUGUAUUGAUAUCUCGUGAACUACCUACACAAAACUGUAGGCAAUGUAUUAUCAAGGAAGUGUUUUCAUCAAUGGAAUGAAGAGUGUUGUUAUGAUUAGGCAAACAGGUUUUGCAAUCUGUCAAGUAUCAAACAGACUCAUGUAACAUUGAGAUCAAACUUUUAGGCAAAAGACAAGGGAUCAGUUUUUCCAUGAGUAAUACUAUCAAGGGGCUGAAAAGAAUGUCAGGUGCCGAUUAUGGUAGUAACAUUGCUUGUUGGCCAUGGUUCUGAAUUUAGCAGUGAAGAGCUGUCCCCAGCUAUCUGCUGGCAUUUCUGAUCUUUAAAUAAGAAAAGAGUAAUUGUAAAAGAGACUUGCUGUACUGCUUCUAUCCAACCCAUUCCAAAAUGAGUAUAGAGUGUAUGAAAAAUGCAGGUCUUUAAAGCCAAAAGUUUGAGUCAUUGAGUCAUAAAGUCAAAGAGUCAUGCAGCACAGAAACAGACCUUUCAGUCCAAUUCAUCCAUGCUAAUCAGAUAGCCCAAACUAAAGUGGUCCAUUUGCAUGCAUUUGACCCAUAUCCUUCUAAAUCUUUCCUAUUCAUGUACCUAUCCAAAUGUCUUUAAAUAUUGUAACUGUACCUGCAUCUACUGCUUCCUCUGCCAGUUAAUUCCACAUAAGAACCAAUCUUGGAAAAACUCAACAGGAUAUAUAUAUAAGGUAUGUAUAAAUGACUUGGAUCAAAAUAUAGG